CAGCAAGACGCCACAGACAAGAGUACCGAGUUGUGUAGAAGCCGCCGAAGAGAGUAGUGGUGGUGGUGGCGGUGAAGAAGACGUAUUAUUAAACGUAAGUGAUAACAAAGUAAAUCCUGGUGAGAAGCCGGUUCCUUAUGUCACUACUGCAGCCUCCGCGGUAGAGACAACGGCCGUGGAACAAGUAACUGUUGAGGUCGACGAGGUCAAGAUGGAAGAAGAGGACCACUUAGCAAGGGAAUACGUCCAGGAAUUUGUUCUCGAUCAUCUCGAUCCCGCCGACGUUAAGCGCGAGGUACGACUAAGCUCACCGGCGAUGAUGGUGAACGGUAACAUCGCGGGCCAGAUCGCGGGUCUGGCGUUAGCUCCAUUGACUCCCCCGGCCCAUGAGCUAGAGCAGCCGCAUCCUUUGUACGGUCAGCCGCACAUUCAAGUGCAGCACGGAGUCCUGGUUAAAGCACCCCCGGGAGUCGCCACUCACUUGACUACUCUGUCCCAUCCGGGAACUCCACCGGACACUCCGCCAGUCUCGGCCUCGCCGCCUCCGCUCCAGCAGCAUCAUCGCAAUGACCGCGAUCUGCGUAACGAGAAGACCGGGUUCCUGUUGAAUCUCCAGCAGCAACAGCAUCAGCAGAUACCCCAGGAUGCGGACAUGCACCAGAUGAAUGGAGGAAUGGGAUGGCUGACCCAGUCCUUGAGACAAGAACCUUUGGACUUGAGGCCCCAUUGUCCUCAAGAACAAACUCCUGAGCCACCUCCAGAAAGUUGGUCUUCCAGUCAUCAUCAUUUUCAAGAGCUGCAACACUUACCCAGGCAUAUCAGACAUGGAGCUCCAUAUAUCACGAUGUCAGACUGCUAUGGUCCAGGAUCAGGACCAGGAAAUGGAAUUUUACCUCCAAGCAAUGGAAUUCUUAACGGAAUGGAUGACAGCAUGCACACGAUGUCGAUGCAACCAGGACGACCACUGAGUGUAUGCUCGGCAAAUUCUUGUGGUCCAGGCGGUCACAGUCCUGUCCAUCGGUCCAGUGGUCACUAUUUGAACUGUAACAGCAGCAGCUCUCAAGAUGAUCUGAUGAAUGACGAGGUCCUGAUGUCGCUGUCCGUCCGCGAGCUCAAUAAGCGACUGCACGGCUGCCCAAGGGAGGAGGUGAGUAAGAUCGUGCGACUGAAGCAGAAGCGACGGACGCUGAAGAAUCGCGGGUACGCGCAAAACUGCCGAAGCAAACGACUGCAGCAGCGACACGACUUGGAAACGACCAAUAGCACUUUGAAGAUCGAGUUGCAGGAAAUAAAAAUAAAAAAUGCCCAACUGACCCAAGAACGCGACAUGUAUAAGCAGCGGUACGAAAUUUUGCGCGCGAGGUGCAGUCAGAAUCACGGCAACCAUGGGACUCAUGGCACUCAUGGUAGCCAUGGUAAUCAUCAUCAGACGACCCCCCAGUCUCAGACCACCGGACAAAUGUCCAACCAACAGCAUCAGCACCAGGGACCAGGUCACCAUCAACAUCAACCAGCACCUGGAAGUCCUGAAGUUUAUCUGUGACAUCGGCGACGCGCCGGCGCCUGUUGGACUUAGGGUAAUUAAUAUUAAUAAUUAAUCAUUUAUUUUAUAGAUAAGUUUAUAAAGUGAUGUGAGCUAUAGAACUCUGUGGAUUAAGUGCAAUCGAUUGAUUUUCAUUUUUUUUUUUUUUAUAUAUAAAUAUAUAAAUAUAUGAAUAUAAAUAUAUUUAGCAAUAGGAUUUAAUUGGUGCGUUUAUAAUUGAAUUAUUUUUUUUAUUUUUUAAGUAGUGAUUAAGUUUAAUUACUAUGGAAUAAUGAGGGAUAGAUGAGAAGGGGCAAAAUGGGCAGGUCUAAAAUUUUGGUUAAAAAAAAAAUUUGAAAAAAUGCGCGGUUUAAUAAAAUUUUUGAAAAGUUGAUUGAAAAAAAUUUGAGUGAUCGAGUCUAAGUAAAAAAAAAAAAAAAGUGAAAUUUGAAAAUAUAAGAAAUUAUUUUUUUUUUUUUAACACCGGAAAUACUGAAAAUUUGAAAUGUCAAAAUUUAAAAAAAAGUAAAAAAAUUAUUUUUACUGACAGUGACCCAUUUUGCCAUGGUCUCUUCUAUUGAUCUAUUGUUAUUGUAAAAAAAAUAUCAACUAGAUUGUAAUUGUUUAUAAAUUUAAAUUUCUAUUAAAAGCUAAAAUUUGUUUAAAAAAUUUGGCCGUCUUUAUUUUGAAUAUUUUUAAAUUUUCAAAUCUAUAAACUAGAAUAGAGAUUAAAAGACGAGCAAUAAUAAACUUCUCAAUUAAUUUUAAUAAAUUUUUCUAUGGAGAAAAUGUGCAAAUGACAGUUUCCAAUUGUCAUAAAAAAAAAAAUAAUAAUAAUAAUAGAGUAAUAUUUUAAUGCAGAUUAAUAAAAUAGGAUCACUAAUAAAUAACUGAAUUUUAAAUUAAAAAAAAAUAAUUAUACGUAUACGAAGUGAAGAUUUAAAUAUAUUUUUACAGUAGCGAGACUGCUUACGAUAUCUCGUGAUAAAUAUUUUUUUCAUUUUAAAUUAAAGAAAAAAAAAUUAAUAUUAAUAAUUUGGAAUUGUUAAAUAUUAAAAAAAAAUUAUAAUUAUUAUUUAA